AUGCGUCAUGAAGACGAUGAUGAAGAGAUGGAGUUGGGCAUCAUGAAUGUCAAAAUCAACAAUGUAACGGUUUCGGACAACUCCAGCGAACUAAUUCGAAAGGAUGCCUAUAUUGGAGGCAAACAAGUCAAAGAGCUGAUCGACAGCGGUGCUGAUCACAACAUCAUUCGACCGCAUUUGGGCCAGAACCUCUAUCAGAGGAGGACAGUGCGUGUGAUGAGAUUCGAUGGAAGCUCGACAGACAAGAUCAAGAUGGAAGGACAAGUCUACAAAGACGUGGUAUUGACAGAGUGGGAACUGACAGAGCAACAAGACAUUAUUCUCGGAAAGCCUUGGCUUGUCCAGUACAAUCCAAGAAUCGAUUGGAGGACUCAUACGAUUGAGUUACCGACUUUCUUAGCUCCUGUCGAGUCAGAAGAGUUUAAAGAACGCGUAAAUCAAGGAUACUAUGCCAAAGUCUACUCAAUGAGCAUCAAGAAGAAGGAGACCGAGCCAGUGCCGGCUCCAAUCCACCAAGUGCUGGACGAGUUUCCCCAAGUCUCUCCAGAUCAAUUGCCGGAUGUCUUGCUCUGGCGGCAAGACAUCCGACAUGAGAUCUUGCUAAAGCAGGACGCCAAGCCGUCCACCGGAGCGCCAUUCCGCCUGUCCAAGGUGGAGCAAGAAGCUCUGGAUAACUUUGUGGACGACUUGGUAUAG